ACCAAGAACUGCAAAGCGGCGAUUGUGCUGAUGAAGAUGCUAAGAAUCUAUCUGGCCUUCAAUCUUUGUCCAUGUUACAGCUUUGAGGUGCAAUUAACCGAAAAUCCGCUGCUCAACGCACUUGUACCCUAUAAAGAGGGACUUGAAGUCCUUUCAAAUCAUAAACCCUAAUGACUUCUAACAACUCUACACCUUUGACCUUCACCUACAAAACCUUUGAAACGGUUCCUAUCAGGCUAGAUGUGUAUCCUCCCGCAGUGAUAACGACCAGUGAAGUACCAGUCGUACUUUGGUUCCAUGGCGGAGGGUUCACCUUUGCCAAUCGUACUAAUUUCUUCCCGAAAUGGCUCCAGAAACGUAUUAAUGACGCAGGCUUUGCUUUCGUCUCUGCAGAUUACCGUCUCAUCCCUACUGGAUCCAUCACUGCUCAUCACAUUCUUGAAGAUGUGAAAGACGCUUUCGCGUUUCUACGAAGCAAAACAUUUGAGGCAGCUUUAGACUCUUUGGAUGUUGAAGGGAAACUCCCAUUUCCAAAAUUUCGCAUCGACCCCAAAAGAAUAGCAGCUGCGGGAUCUAGUGCUGGCGGUACAUGCGCCUACUUUGCAGCCACACACGUCGAACCUAAACCUGCUGCGAUCCUCUCUGUUUUUGGGAUGGGUGGAGAUAUUUUGAACGCUCAAUACCUCACCCCCAAGACUGAACCUUUCUUGAGAGGACGUCCGCUGCUGGAUCCUAGUCGAAGCAAGGAUUAUAUCUAUCCUCUCUCUCCAUCUGUUUCGUCCGACAUCUUGUCCGAUUCACCUAUGGCUUUCCAUCCCCCUACCGCCACACUCCCUGCACUCCCGGCAAAUCCUCGUAUGCCUCUCGCGCUCCUCUACCUUCAACUCGGGACGUAUCUCGACUACUACACCGGGGAGCAUGCUCCUAGUCUGAGUGACACUUUGCGUGCAGCGCUCCCUAGCCCAAAUGUUCAAAGCAACCCUGGAAUGAAAAAGAUUAUCCUCAGAAAACACAUACCCAUUCAACAUCACGCGAUCUUUCCCCAACUCAAUGUCUCUUCCUCUUGGCCUCCCGUAUUCCUACUUCACGGCGCAGAAGAUACAGCUGUACCUGUCACUGAAUCGAAGAAUAUGUAUGCCACGUUAAAGUGGGCGGGUGUGGAGACAAAGAUCAAAAUUGUCGAUGGGGAGGAUCAUUUCUUUGACCAAACCCCCGAUGCUGAGGAGAAAUAUGGACAGGUAUUCGAUGAAGCAGCCAAGUUUCUCAUCGAGAAACUGUCGGCCUAACUAAGAUUCGUUUAGCUUGUUGGAACCAAAGCGGACCCUAGGUUAGCAUACUGCGCAAAACAGUUGUACCACCUAUGAUAUAUUACCUGGUUAGUUUCGCUAGAUUCGGGGCUACGUGUACAUGUAUC